UUUCUUUUCCCCUUCUUCUUCUUCUUCUUCUCCUCCACUUCUCAGAUGUCUUUAUUCACCGCACUCAUGCAUAUCUCGUUUCCUUUCUACUAAUUAGUAUUGAUCACUACUAUCCUACAUUUAUUCCCUCCAUUGCUCCUGCAACAUCAUGUUGCCCUUUAUAGAUCUCCUGUUCGACUAUCCCGCAAGGGCAACAGGAGCUUCCAUUGAUGAGCUCAAGCUCAUUGCGUCAUUCCUCCUCUCAUAUCCUUUGGCCGGCCUGUUGAAGCGAAUCCCCGAUGCUCAGCCCUGGAAGAAGAACGUUUUCAUCAUCGCCGUAUCGCUGUUCUACAUCGUUGGCCUCUUCGAUUUGUGGGAUGGUCUUCGCACUUUGGCCUAUAGCUCCGCUGGUAUCUACCUGAUCGCCUACUACAUCGAUGGAUCCUUGAUGCCAUGGAUUGGUUUCGUCUUCCUGAUGGGCCACAUGUCCAUCAAUCAUAUUUAUCGCCAAAUCGUCGACGAUGCGCAGGUGGUGGAUAUUACAGGCGCUCAGAUGGUCCUGGUCAUGAAGCUUUCCGCGUUUUGCUGGAACGUUCAUGAUGGUCGGUUGCCGCAAAGCCAGCUCUCGGAUGCCCAGAAGUACGCCGCGAUCACUCAGUUCCCUAGUGUUCUGGAUUAUCUGGGCUAUGUGCUCUUCUUCCCAUCUCUCUUCGCUGGCCCGGCUUUCGACUAUGUCGACUACCGCCGCUGGAUUGACACGACUCUGUUCGAUGUACCUCCUGGAACCGAUCCCUCGAAGGUGCCCCCGACCCGGAAGAAGCGAAAGAUCCCCAGAAGCGGCACGCCUGCUACGAAGAAAGCUUUAGUUGGAUUAGUCUGGAUUCUGGUUUUCCUGCAACUAGGCUCCCUGUACAGCCGAGACACUUUACUCGGAGAGGGCUACAUGAACUACUCCUUCCUCAGACGGGUCUUCAUCAUGCACAUGGUCGGCUUUGCCGCCCGAUGCAAGUACUAUGGUGUCUGGUCGCUGACAGAGGGUGCCUGUAUCCUCUCUGGCAUGGGAUACAACGGUUUCGACCCCAAGUCGGGCACAGUCUUCUGGAACCGGCUCGAGAAUGUGGAUCCAUGGAGUCUCGAGACAGCCCAGAACUCCCACGGCUACCUGGGCAGCUGGAACAAGAACACUAACCACUGGUUGCGGAACUACGUCUACCUGCGUGUCACUCCAAAGGGCAAGAAGCCUGGAUUCCGUGCCAGCAUGGCCACCUUCACCACCAGUGCAUUCUGGCACGGCUUCUACCCUGGUUACUACAUGACCUUCGUUCUCGGCUCCAUCAUCCAGACCGCCGCCAAAAAUUUCCGCCGUCAUGUCCGGCCCUUCUUCCUCACUCCUGAUGGCAGCAAGCCUGGCCCCUACAAGCGCUAUUAUGAUAUCGUGAGCUGGCUCCUCACUCAAAUUACCAUGUCCUUCACGGUGAUGCCUUUCAUCUUCCUCUCCUUCGGCACCUCUGUCGCCGUCUGGCGCAGCGUCUACUUCUACGGCAUCGUCAGCAAUGUUCUCACGAUCGUCUUUUUCGCCAGCCCCGCCAAGGCUAUCCUCGUCAAGAAGCUUAAAGCCCGCGGCACCAGUCGCCCGCCACACGCCCCUCGCACGGCCAGCACCGAGUCGCUGCAACAACCGCCCACACUCGGUCUCCCCAGCGACGCCAUGCAGGAACUUGAUGACGCUGUCCAGGAGAUCAUAUCUGAGAUCGAGUCCCGUCGCAGGCGCGGCAGUGUCGCUACUAUGCCCACGGGCGAAGAGCUGAAAGUCGCGGUCGAGAACAAGAUCGGGCGUAAGCUUCCCUGAUUCUCAGGAUUCCUCUACAUUUGAGAGGUGGUAAUGCAUUGUAUGGACGGGUCAUUCAUUUAUUGUUGAAUGUCGCCCUUCACAUGAUCGGCGCCUUCUCUUUCUUUAUGUUCUCAUGUUCUCCUUAGUGUCACCAGUGCGAACUCAAUACGGUCAGAUGGUUUUUCCAUCAUUUGGCCGUUUAAAGACCGGUGACUUAUGCGCGGGCUGGAUGGGCGGGGGGUGGGGGAG